AUGACCACUCUCCCCCCCGACCUGGGUCCUGUAGAUCCCAACAGGACUCUCGGUCGUGGAGAUGGCCAACAGCGCAAGCAAAACGCAGCUACUGGAGCCUCUGCUGCAGGCAUACGAGCCUUGACUACCCAGUUCUUGACCUACUACUUCAGAGCACCCAUCAAAGCUUUCUUUCGCACCAGGGUUGACUAUACUGCCUAUGCAAGAGCAAUAAACCCGCAAAUCAAAGCCAAUACCGGCUGGUCAUGGCGAACAACCACCCCCGGCCUCCUCGCCCAUGCGGUGAAGCAGUACGGAUGGAGCUUUAUACCCAACCAAGUGCUCCCGCCUAUGCUUGCAAACGUAACAGUCGGAGCUGUACUUUACACCGCCUACCUCCAAACUCUCGGCGCUUUCCAUGCGCCUUCUGCCGAGAACGCCAAACGCGUCUAUCCUCCCGCACCGCCCUCACACACCUUCCUAGCCGGCUUCACCGCCGGCUCAAUCCAGUCCCUCAUCGCUGCCCCCCUCGAUGCGCUCCAAGUCCGCUUCCGCACCGCCGACAUGCUCGAAGGGCGGUACCGCACAAUGUGGCACUACGCGUCCGCCAAACUGCACUCAAUCGGUGUGCGUGGCAUCUUCGCCGGCUACGGCCUCUCCCUCGUGCGCGAUGCCUUCGGCUCCGGCGUCUUCUUCGCGACCUUCGAGUACAUCAAAUCGCAGGGCUACUACAACUUCGUGACGCGGUACUAUGGCCACUUCGAGCCCGUAUAUCUCUUUCAUCCCUACAAGUCCACGAUUAGCUACAACGAGGACCAGCGCGCAACGAUACGGCCGCACUAUGCGCUCGAGCCAUCUUUCUUGCUGCUUGCGGGCGUCGCGGCGAGUGUGGCGCAGCAGGGAAUCCUGUAUCCGCUGAACGAGAUCCAGAACGUGCACUAUGGCCGGCUGGAGUCGAUUGAUUAUGCGGCGAAGCUGGAGCCGCCGAGCGGGAAGAUGAUGAGGCUGUAUUAUCAUGCGUAUCAGGAGACGUUUAAGCAGUGUGAACGGCAGGCGAAGCGCGCAGGGGGGUGGCGGAGGUAUUUAUAUAGGAACUUUUGGGCGAGUACCGCGAGGCAGGUGCCGAGUACCAGCGCGGGGUUGAUUGUGUUUGAGCUUGUGAGGAGGAAGUAUGGUGGGCAAGGAGAUGAGGUACGGAUAUCAAGAGACGGGUAUGAUAUCCUGCUCAGAUGA